AUGGUUUUUGCGCAUUUGGCUGCUUUUUUUAUUGACAAAUUUUUGGGAAAUUAUAUCGAAGAUUUCGAUUCACAUCAAUUGAAAAUAAAUUUAUGGGAUGGUAAUAUUACUCUUGAAAAUGUUCAUUUAAAAACAAAUGCACUUAAUGAUUUCAAUGUUCCACUUGAAAUAAUAACUGGUUAUCUUGAGAAAUUAAAAAUUCAUAUACCAUGGAAAUAUUUAUACACACAUCCAACGAAAAUUGAGAUCGAUGGUUUCUUUUUACUUGUUGCACCAAAAACGGAUGUUGUUUAUGAUCCUGAAAAAGCUGAACAAAUUGAAUAUGAAACAAAAAUGGCAGAAGUUAAGAAAGUUGAACAAUUUCGUUACGAAAGAGAACAAAAGAUUGUUCGAAAAUCACAUAAACAUCUUUUGUACUUCCUCUUUCUUCGACCUGUCAGAGAGAAUAUGUGA